AUGGUGGACACUGGGCAAAGAAGAGGGAGACGGCACGUUGGCUCUGUAGAGAUGGCCGCUGAAGAGAACCAAGUGGUCCUGUCUCUCCUCUGUGCCUUUGGGACCUGGUACAACAGCUCUGGCCACGCUGAGAGACAUAGCAGAAUCUCCUCUGAGACCAGCGGCAACACCUCAGACACGACAAACACGACUACCAACUCCUUCCAGAGACAGGUGGAGCUGUUCACCCGCGAGUGGCACGUCUUCCUGCCUCCGCGCCAGUCCAGGGCCAUGCAUGUUUGCCCCAUCCUGGGCUUCCUGGCGGUUUCUCUGGUCAUUCCUGUCAUCCUCACCCGAAUCCUGACCAGCCCCUGGAUGCGCCAGGAGACCCGCUACCUCCUCCUAGCCAAUGCGUUGCUAAGCGACAUGCUGUUCGUGUCGCUGUACAUGGUGAGUGCCUGUCUGAAUGCGACGGGCGUACUGAUGUCAGAGUGGGCGUGCUCUACCAUCCUCUUCCUGCUGGGGUUGCUGUACUGCGUUGGGAUCUUCAGUACCAAGGCCAUGGUGCUGGACACCUCACUGGCUGUGAUGGCUCCACUUCGAUACUAUGCCCUGUGGCCCGUCUCCAGGACUAGGAGGGCGAUUGCUGGUAUCUGGGCUGUGUCUAUUUUCUUACCAGCAGCAUCUGUAGGGGUGCUUGUGUGGUACCACUCUACUGGACCCUGUUCCCUACACAUUUGCUCCCUGCCCCUCCUGCUGGUCCUCACCGUCAGCCAGUCCACUCCCAUGCAGGUGUCCAUGCUGCUGGCAGUCACAGGCGUCCUCCUCAUUCUGCUCCUGGUCUUCUCUGGCUAUGUCGUUCUGUACUGUCGCACCCGCAUGUCUGGCGUGUGGAGAGGUGAACGCUCGUCCCGGGCCAAAGGCACAUUCCUCAUCCACUACCUCCACCUCAUCCUGUCCUUCCUGCCCAUGUUGGUGCUUCUCAUCAAGCUACUGCUCUACUGCCACCUUGAUGCCCUGGACCUGCGUGCCAACCUGUGGGUGUCUCUGGUGGUGUGUAACAUCCUCCUGGUGCUCCCCAAGGCCCUGGCUCCCUACCUGUACGGCCUCAGGUACAGGCACCUGUGUGAGGCCUUGUUGGCCUUUUAUGGGCUGAAGCGGCCCACCGCCGUCUCGCCUGUCUUGUGAGAAUAAGACAAUAAAACAUUUUCCUGGACUUAUAAGAAUAUUAGCACAGAAGAAGAAUUGAGGAGAUGGGUCGGUUGACACACGUUUAACUCUGGUGUUUUUCUCAGCAUCAGUAUAUGUUACAGGAGAAUUUUCAAUAUUAAGAGAAAUAUCAAGGUCUUGAGUUGAAAUGGGGACCCUUUUUCUCCUCAUAUUUUAUUCCAACAUGGAGUUGUAAGCCAUCAAACACUCUGUCCACUUGUGACAAGCAACCCCAUCCCGGGGUUGGUUGUCAGGACAGUGUGGGGUUGGUUGUCAGGACAGUGUGGGGUUGGUUGUCAGGACA